GAAUACAGCGUAUAGAAUAAACUCUUGAAGACAUGCAGUGAUUGGUUGCGCCCAACGAUGUUUUCAUUGAUGGAUAACUGGCCAGUGAUGGACGCGAUGGAAGCGCUGGAUGUGAUGGAAGCGAUAGAAUUGGUGGAAAGAGAUCAAUUGGCACAAGUGAUUGUGAAUCGAGUCGAUAAUGUGCUUAUAAUCGACAGCAGAUCCUUUCUGGAGUACAACACAUCCCACAUCUCAUAUGCAGUGAACGUGAAUUGCUCUAAGAUUGUCAAACGAAGACUUCAACAAAACAAAAUAACUGUGAACGAACUGCUGGUGCACUCGUGUCAGUGCCAGAUAGACAGUAGUCAUGCGGUGAUAGUCUAUGACCAGCAGUCGACAGAUUUGUCGAUACUUUCGACCGACUGUUUUGUGUCAAUCCUAUUAUCAAAGCUGAGUUCAGUGUUUAAAAGCGUUGGUCUAUUGAGGGGCGGAUUUUUGGACUUCCAGUCGGCGUAUCCGUCACUUAUUGAGAACAAAGCGGCCAAAGGGGUCAAUACGUUGACCUCACUGUCGCAGCCCUGUAUGCCUAUCAGCAAUCACGGACCCACUCGUAUACUACCGUUCCUUUACUUGGGCUCACAACAGGACGCCCUCAACAAAGAUACCCUUCGAGACCACAACAUUCAAUACGAGCUGAACGUCAGUACCUCCUGUCCAAAGCCAGAGUUCAUCCCAGACUCGCAUUUUUUGCGAAUCGCAGUCAAUGAUAAUUAUAACGAAAAUUUGUUGGAGUAUUUUCCAAAAGCUUUCAGUUUUCUGGAUAAAGUGCGAGAAUCGGGCGGCUGUGCAAUAGUUCAUUGUUUGGCUGGCAUUUCACGUUCGGCUACCGUUGCCAUCAGUUAUGUUAUGAGACACUUAUGUAUGUCAUCAGAUGACGCCUACAGGUACGUCAAGUCAAAGAGAGCCACUAUUUCUCCAAAUUUCAAUUUCUUGGGACAACUCCUCGAAUACGAGAAGCAAUUAAUUAGAGAACAUGUUUUGAACAACUUUUCGGACGACUGUUCGCGAGUCUCGCACUCAGCGCCGAUCUGUUCCUCGCAGAACAACCCGUUCGCGUCGUUCGCCUCAUCCGUUCCGAGGCCUCGCAAAUUGAAUUUUCCCAAACGGAGUGCUCCAAGACUUGAUCCCUUCACUCCCACCCCUCCCGACGAGAAUAUCUCCUCAAAUGGCGAUCAAUCGCCGACCACUUCACUCAAAAUGGUUCGCAUUUUCUAAGCGCUGGGAAUUGCAAACACUUACAAACAAAUACAACUUAUUGUCUAAUAAUGACUUAAUUGUUUUGUCAAAACAUAUCGAGAAUACAAAAAUAUUUAUAAUUCAAAACUCAGACUUAACUUAAAAAAAUGAAGAUAUAAUUGUAAUUCAGAACAUCUGUACAUAACUUAUAUUUGUUUACGACUCGACUCUCGUGUACAAAAAUAUCAUAUUUGCGAUAAGUUUUCCUAUGAUUGUAACCAUACCUCUCUCUCUCUCUCUCUCUCUCUCUCUCCCACUUUCUCAACAUCUGGUCGACCACAAGAGCAGCGGAGGACAGACCUACAGAACUUAUCGCUUGUCCUUUGGCUGCCCAUUGAGUCCUUUCUCCUUAUAUUAAUUCAUAUCAAUCUGUUUAUAAGACAUUGCAUUACAAGACAUUUGUUUCGAUUCAUUAAGAGUACAAUCGCUGCGAAAAACUUUUUGCAAUUUUUGUUUUGUGCUGAAAAGCCAUUAAAUGUACAAAAGAUAUCAUUAAUGGGAAAUCAUUCCUUCUUCUGCUUAAAAGAAUAGUUGUAUUCAUUGCUUGUAUUAUGAAAUGAUUUUUCAAAUUAUUAGUUAAAAC